GAAGCUCCCCUGGAGAAGAAGGAGGUCUCUGAAGACAAGGAGGACAUCGAAGGGAACCUCCUGCGCCCCACCGGGGUCACCCUGAGAGGGGCCCACUUCUGCCUGAAGAUCUUCAAAGCUGAGGACUUGCCCCAGAUGGAUGACGCCGUCAUGGACAACGUCCGGCAGGUCUUCGGCUUCGAGAGCAACAAGAAGAACCUGGUCGACCCCUUCGUGGAAGUCAGCUUCGCGGGGAAGAUGCUCUACUCGAGGAUCCUGGAGAAGAACGCCAACCCCCAGUGGAACCAGUGCCUGACGCUGCCGGCGAUGUUCCCUUCCAUGUGCGAGAAGAUGCGGAUCCGGGUGACCGACUGGGACCGUCUCACGCACAACGACACCAUCGGCACCACCUACCUCUGCAUGUCCAAGAUCUCGGCGCCCGGCGGGGAGCUGGAGGAUGAGUUUCCUGCUCUCGCGAAGCCUCUGAAAGCCGCAGACCUGGACGACGGGCUGGGCUUCCUGCCGACCUUCGGCCCCUGCUACAUCAACCUCUACGGCAGCCCCCGGGAGUUCACCGGCUUCCCCGACCCUUACGAGACGCUCAAUUUGGGAAAGGGCGAGGGCGUCGCGUAUCGCGGCAGGGUGCUGGUGGAGCUGGAGACCAGGCUGGUGGAGCACGUGGAGCAGAAGGUGGAGGACAUCUCCGCCGAUGACAUCCUGAGGGUGGAGAAAUACCUGCGCCGGCGCAAGUACUCCCUCUUCGCCGCCUUCUACUCGGCCACCAUGCUCCAGGACGUGGACGACGCCAUCCAGUUCGAGGUCAGCGUCGGCAACUACGGCAACAAGUUCGACAACACCUGCCUGCCCUUGGCCUCCACCACGCAGUACAGCCGGGCCGUGUUCGACGGCUGCCAGUAUUACUACCUGCCCUGGGGCAACGUGAAGCCCGUGGUGGUGUUGUCGUCCUACUGGGAAGAUAUCAGCGCCCGGACUGAUGCUCAAAACCUCCUCCAGCACGCGGCAGACAGGCUGGAAGCCAACCUGGAGAAGGUCCAGCUCGCGCUGAAGGCCAAGUGCUCGCCGAGCGAGCUGGAGUCCCUGGGCGCCCAGCUGAUGGAUGAUAUCAUCGCCGACUGCAGCCUGCCCCUGCCCGACGUGCUGGGGAAGCCGGCCAGCACCCACCUGGACCAGAACAUGUACCGCUUCCGCAGCACCAACCUGGAGCAGAUGGUGCAGGCGGCGCUGAAGCUCAAGCACGAGGACUCGAGCCUGCCCGUGGUGCUGGAGCAGGCGGAGGACUGGCUCUGCAGGCUGAAGGCCAUGGCGGAGGAGCCGCAGAACAGCCUGCCCGAUGUGGUGAUCUGGAUGCUGCAGGGCGACAAGCGCGUCGCCUACGCCCGCGUGCCAGCCCACGAGGUCCUCUUCUCCAAGAACAUCCCCGGCUGCUGCGGCAAGAACUGCGGGAGGCUGCAGACCAUAUUCCUCAAGUACCCCCAGGAGGAGGCAAUGGGAGCGAGGAUCCCUGUGCAGAUCCGGGUGCAGCUCUGGUUUGGGCUGUCCGUCGACGAGAAGGAGUUCAACCAGUACGCCGAGGGGAAGCUCUCCGUCUUUGCCGAAACCUACGAGAACCAGACCAAGCUGGCGCUGGUGGGGAACUGGGGCACCACCGGCCUGACUUACCCCAAGUACUCGGAUGUCACGGGCAAGAUCAAACUGCCCAAGGACAGCUUCCGACCCUCCACGGGCUGGACCUGGGCCGGCGACUGGUUCAUCUGCCCGGAGAGGACGCUGCUGCACGAGGCGGACGCCGGGCACCUGAGCUUCGUGGAGGAGGUGUUCGAGAACCAGGUCCGGCUGCCGGGGGGGCAGUGGAUCCACAUGGCCGAUGCCUACACCGACGUGAACGGGGAGAAGGUCCUGCACAAGGACGAGAUCGAGUGUCCUCCGGGCUGGAAAUGGGAAGACGCGGAGUGGGACACCGACCUCAACAGAGCCGUGGAUGAGAAAGGCUGGGAGUACGGCAUCACCAUCCCGCCGGACCGCAAGCCCAAGGCCUGGGUGCCGGCCGAGAAGAUGUACCACACCAACCGGCGGCGGCGCUGGGUGCGGCUCCGCCGGAGGGACCUCGCGCAGAUGGAGGCCAUGAGGAAGCACAAGCAGGAGGAGCUGGACGGAGAGGGCUGGGAAUACGCCUCGCUCUUCGGCUGGCGCUUCCACAUGAAGCCCCGCCGCACCGACGCCUUCCGCCGCCGCCGCUGGAGGCGCAGGAUGGAGCCCCUGGAGCGCACCGGUGCCGCCGCCGUCUUCGCCUUGGAGGGGGCCCUGGGGGGAGUGAUGGACGACCGGAGCGAUGAUGGCAAAUCUGUGUCCACCCUCAGUUUCGGUGUCAACAGACCCACCAUUUCCUGCAUUUUUGACUAUGGGAACAGAUACCACCUGCGCUGCUACAUGUACCAGGCUCGGGACCUGAUCGCCAUGGACAAGGACAGCUUUUCAGAUCCGUAUGCCAUUGUUUCCUUCCUCCACCAAAGCCAGAAGACGGUGGUGGUCAAGAACACCCUGAACCCCACCUGGGACCAGACGCUCAUCUUCUAUGAGAUAGAGAUCUUCGGGGACCCCCAGAAGGUGUCCGACUCCCCUCCCAACAUCGUGGUGGAGAUAUAUGACCACGACACCUACGGCGCGGACGAGUUCAUGGGGCGCUGCGUGUGCAAGCCCAGCCUGCAGCGCUCGCCGCGGCUCUCCUGGCACCCGGUCAGCAAGGGCAGCAGGAACGUCGGGGAGCUGCUGGCGUCCUUCGAGCUGAUUCAGAGGGAGAAGCCGGCUGUCCAUCACAUCCCUGGCUUCGAGAACGAGCUCUCCUCCAGUCUGGAUGAGUCCGCAGACUCCGACCUGCCGUACCCGCCGCCCCAGCGGGAGCCCAACAUCUACAUGGUGCCCCAGGGGAUCAAGCCGGUCCUGCAGCGCACGGCCAUCGAGAUCCUGGCCUGGGGGCUGAGGAACCUCAAGAGCUACCAGCUGGCCAGUGUCACCUCGCCCAGCCUGCUGGUGGAGUGCGGUGGGCAGCUCGUGCAGUCCUGCGUCAUCAAGAACGUCAAGAAGAACCCCAACUUCGACGUCUGCGUGCUCUUCAUGGAGGUGCGUUUGCCCAGCGAGAGCCUGUACAGCCCCCCCAUCAUCAUCAAAAUCAUCGACAACCGGCCGUUCGGCCGCAGGCCCGUGGUGGGGCAGUGCACCGUCCGCUCGCUGGAGGACUUCUACUGCGACCCCUACCACGAGGAGGCCGCCGGGCCCCAGGAGCACGCAGAUGACGUGAGCCUCACGCCCAGGGACGAUGUCCUCAUUGACAUCGAUGACAAAGAGCCCCUUCUUCCUGCCCAGCUUGCGGAGGGUUUGACCAGCUCAGCACUAAUUAACAUGCCAGCUUCUCGGUCCGAGCCUCAUAAGAUACCAUGGGAGGAAGAAUUCAUUGACUGGUGGAGCAAAUUCUACGCUUCCACGGGAGAGAGGGAAAAAUGUGGUUCCUACUUGGAGAAGGGCUUUGACACCCUGAAGGUCUACGAGACGGAGCUGGAGAACGUGGAGGACUUCGAGCAUCUCUCCGACUUCUGCCACACCUUCAGGCUGUACCGCGGGCGGUCGCAGGACUCCAAUGAUGACCCCUCGGUCGUGGGGGAGUUCAAGGGGUCGUUCCGAAUUUACCCCCUGCCCGACGACCCGAGGGUCCCGGCGCCGCCCCGGCAGUUCCACCAGCUGCCGGCCAGAGGGCCCCAGGAGUGCCUCGUCCGGGUCUACAUCGUCCGAGCCUUCGGCCUCCAGCCCAAGGACUCCAACGGGAAGUGUGAUCCCUAUGUGAAGAUUUCAGUGGGAAAGAAAUCCAUAAAUGACCAAGAAAAUUACCUCCCCUGUACGCUGGAGCCUGUCUUUGGAAAGAUGUUCGAGCUGAGCUGCACCCUGCCCCUGGAGAAGGACCUGAAGAUCACGCUCUAUGACUACGACCUCCUGUCGAAGGAUGAGAAGAUUGGGGAGACCGUCAUAGACCUGGAGAACCGCUUCCUGUCAAAAUACGGGGCCCGCUGUGGGCUUCCCCAAACCUACUGUGUUUCUGGACCCAACCAGUGGCGAGACCAGCUCCGUCCUUCCCAGCUGCUUCACCUCUUCUCCCUGCAGCACAACUACAAGGCUCCCACCUACAAGUCCGACCGGGUCAUCUUCCGGGAGCAGGAGUACAUCCUCUCCGAACUGGAGGAUGGCAAACCCAUCAACCCCCACCUGGGGCCGGUGGAGGAGCGACUCGCCCUGUACGCGCUGCGCAAGCAAGGGCUGGUGCCGGAGCACGUGGAGACCAGGCCUCUCUACAGCCCCCUCCAGCCAGAGAUCGAGCAGGGAAAGCUACAGAUGUGGGUGGAUCUGUUUCCAAAAUCUUUGGGUCAGCCCGGUCCCCCUUUCAACAUCAUGCCACGCAAAGCCAAGAGGUUCUACUUGCGCUGCAUCAUCUGGAACACCAAGGACGUCAUCCUCGACGACCUCAGCAUCACCGGGGAGAAGAUGAGUGACAUCUACGUCAAAGGCUGGCUGGUUGGCCACGAGGAGAACAAGCAGAAGACAGAUGUGCACUACAGGUCUAUGGGAGGAGAGGGCAACUUCAACUGGAGGUUCAUCUUCCCCUUUGACUACCUCCCUGCUGAGCAGAUGUGUUACAUUGCAAAAAAGGAGCACUUCUGGAGCUUGGACAAGACAGAAAAUAAGAUUCCGCCGCAGCUUAUCUUCCAGAUCUGGGACAAUGACAAGUUCUCUUUUGAUGACUACUUGGGCUCCAUUCAGAUGGAUCUCAACAGGAUGCCCAAGCCUGCCAAGACCGCUGAGAAGUGCUCCCUGGAGCUUGUAGAUGAGAGCUUGUCUUCAGGCCGCUUCGUGUCCCUCUUUGAGCAGAAAACUGUCAAGGGCUGGUGGCCCUGCGUUGCUGAGCAGGAUCAGAAGAAGAUCCUGGCGGGCAAACUGGAAAUGACUCUGGAAAUUGUGGCCGAACAGGAGCAUGAAGAGCGGCCAGCUGGCAUGGGUCGGGAUGAGCCAAACAUGAACCCCAAGCUGGAGGACCCCAAGCGCCCAGAGACCUCCUUCCUGUGGUUCACCUCCCCGUACAAGACCCUGAAGUACAUCCUGUGGCGGCGGUACAAGUGGGUGGUCGUCCUGGCCAUCUUGCUCUUCAUUUUGCUGCUUUUCCUGGGGAUCUUCAUCUACGCCUUCCCGAACUACGCUGCUAUGAAACUGGUGAAACCUUUCCAGUGAAGCUGUGCUGGCAAAUGCAUGGAAGGUCCGGUGCCUGCCUGGGGAUUUUGGAAGGAAGCUGCGGCUCUGCACUGGAUCACAUCAGCAGGUGGAGCUGGAGCUGGGGCAGCCUCUCUCCAGCCCAGGCUGCUGCCAAAAUGAAGACAAGACUUUCCCCGAUGCAGAAUACCACCUGCAGCACUCACCUCGGAAGCAGUGCGUAAACAAGACCUCCUCUGAGAUAUUUCUUAUUUUCCUUUUUUUUUUCCUUUUUUUUCUUUUUUCAGUUAAGCUGUUCUGAUCUUUAAAGCUUGAAUACCAAUGCAAAGCUGAAGAGGGUGGGUGAGCAAAGGACCUUUUCGUGUAUAGCCCGUGAGCACACAAAGAUGCAGCAGGCCUUAGUGGGGGAGUUUUGGGCUGCUGGCGCAAGCAGCGUGUGCCUGCUAAAAUCUCUCAGGUUCUGAGCACACUUUUCUUUGCACUCUGAACAAGCCUUAGUUUUCCUUUGCCGUGUAAUGUGUAUUACCUGGUUUAUAAUGUGUAAAGUCUACCAAAGAU